AUGUCUCGUCUCCCUCUGCCCUCAUCGUCGGCUCGGACCGAAACGCGGACGCGGCUCAAAAGUACGCCCUCCAGCCCCACCCCUCGCUCGACGGCCACCCCCAAAGCAGCGGUGACACCUCUGGCGAAACCGCGCGCACGGACACCUUCAACGCUUGCGGCCCCAUCACCCACUCCCUCACUCCGUUCCCAACGCAGCUUGCAGAACUUGAAGCCGAAGUCGCCCACGAAAUCUCCAUCCAAGAGGCCACCUCCACUACCUACUCUCGAUGAUGCUCCUCGAAUCCCCAAGCUCAGCAUCCGCGAACAGAUCGCACUCAAACGCGCCGAAGUGAAGAAGGUUGUCUCCCCCUUGAAGGCGACGUUCGAAGACCUAGAGGACGCGUCACCGGAUACAUUUGGCAGGCCCGCGGAGCCUGACGUGGAUCUGGGAAGAUGGUCUAUCAAAGAGGCUAUCGAGCGUGCUCGGAGUUCAGGCGCGAUCAACAUCGCCUCUCGCGAUCUACCCUGCAUACCUUCUGCCCUCUUCGAGAUUCACCUCGGCAUUACCCCGGAGCCUCUGAAGUCGGCACCGGUCGAACCUCCAAUAACGACUUCUUCAUCCUCCAAGCAAUCCAGCAAUGGACCGACAUGGUAUGACGCCCAAGACCUCGAGAUCCUGAAGGCAUGGUCGAACGAGAUCGUCGAGCUCCAGCCGGAGAUCUCGAUGUUUGGCUCCCUCAAAACCGUUGAUCUACACAACAACAAGCUGACAUCGCUCCCAGACAGCUUCGCGGAUCUCGUGGCGCUGAUGGCCGUCGAUUUGUCGCACAACGAGUUGAAAACGCUCCCCACCAAGUUCUGGGCCCUUCCGCACCUCACCACACUCAACCUUGCGUACAACGCCCUCUGCGCCCUCCCCUUCUCUGUCGCCUUCGGAGAAGGAUCCAACCCCCUCGGUCGAACAAAGGAUGCUCGCGGAGACUGGUUCCAACAGGCCAUCACCCGUGCUACGGAGCCUCUACCCCGUCUCACUCAUCUCAAUGUCUCCCACAACCCGCUCACCGCUGCCUCUAUCGAUGUCACUGCACUACCUGCCCAGGUCACGAAGCUCGAUCUCUCUGCGGCUCCCUUGGGCAAGAGCGACACCUUACUGUGCGCCCUCGGUCGUCUAAAAAGGCUGACCGAAGUACGCAUGGUCAAGGCCGACAUCGGCGACGACUCUUUCUCCGUCUCCAUAUUUGCCUCCUCGACGGACACUCUAUUCCCGGCACUCAAGGUCCUUGAUCUCGAGGAGACGCAAGUUUCGCGCCCUGUCAUCGAGGCUACAUUCAUUCCCCCCGCGGUCAAGCAGACGGUCCAGUACGAUGUCACCGCGCAAGAGCCCCCAGCGGGCGUUCUUCGCGUCGUCCUUGGGAAGCGGGUCAUCAAGGAAGCGUGGGAGAUCGACACUGAACGUCGGUCUCAGCAGCGCCGCCAAGUCGCCUUCCCAAACAUUCCUAGCGCGAUGACAGGAUCUUCCGAGCCUAAAGCAGUCGCGAAAGCAGUGGUGAAAGAGCCGUGGGAGGAGAAGGUCCUCAGCGAGGGCGCCAAGCGGCGAGCUCGCGCCCAAGCCGCAGCUUCGCCCGAGCCCACGAAGCCUGCAGCGCCUCCCUCGACGAGAGCGCCACCUCCAGUAGCGAUCAAGGCCGUCCAGAAAGAAGCCUGGGAGAUUGAAGCCGAGUCAGGCAUGCUCAGCGCAGGAGCACGUCGACGCGCGCGAGCCCAGGCCGUUGCUGCUGCCCAGUCUCACAAGCCUGAAGACCCCACGUCCAACGCCUCGUCCCGACCCGCGUCGCGCACGCCCUCCCCGACGAAGAGCCCUACGACAGUCGGCGCCGCGCUUGCCCACCCACAAUACUACGAUGCCCCCGCGCGCACGCUCACCCUCCCGCCCUCCGCGCCGCCGGCGAAGGCCACCCAUACGCGCUCGUUCUCCCUGGCUGCCCCGCGCCAGCAGCCGCCCGCACCGGUGUCCGAGCUCGCGCUGGCGAUCCCCGCGCCCACGCUUCCGCUGGCGGCGAUCGCGGAGCUGCCGCUCGCGCACAACCUCAAGGUGCUCGUCCUCGCGAACCGGCGGGCGGACGUCGCGUUCGCGCUGCCCGCCGCGCUCGCCGGCGGCGGCGCGCUGCCGUACCUCGAGGAGCUCAGCUUCGCGAACUGCAACCUGCCCGAGGCGGUCCCCGUCGCGCGCGUCGACGCGGGCAGCGAGACCGCGCCGCGGGUGGCGGAACCGCUGCUCCCGCUCCUCGCGCGCCUGUUCCCGAGCGUGCGCACGCUCGACCUGUCCUACAACCAGCUCUCGUCCGCGGCGCUGACGAAGGAGGCGCUCUCCGCCCUCAUCUUCGCGUCGGACGCGGACGCGCGGAAGGGCUUGCGUGCGCUCCGGCUGCGGGGCAAUCGCAUCGACGCGCUCGACGGCUUCAAGGACGUCGCGGAGCGCUUCCGCGGGAACCGGGACGUGCCGGAGUGGCACAUGGAGGAGCUGGAUUUGCGGGACAACGAAAUUGGGAAGAUGCCGGCGGAGCUGGGGCUGCUACCACUCGAGGUGUUCUUGGUGGAUGGGAACGUCUUUCGGGUGCCACCCAGACGCGUCUGGGAGCGUGAGGGCACGAAGGGGCUUCUUGGUUGGCUCAGAGGCCGGAUCGAGUGA